AUGACUCAAUCGCAAACGCAAAAUGGCUCUUCCAGCCAAAAGAAACUCCACCUCAUCGGCAUCGGUGUGGGCCACAGCAUCGCACCACUUAUGCACAACUACAUAUGCAAAACCCUCGACAAACCAUGGACCUUUGUAGCAACGGAAGCACCGACCAUCGAAGCAGCAAUGGACAUCAUGACAGCUCCGGACUUUGCAGGCGCAGUCGUCACGAUGCCAUACAAGAAAUCCGUAAUGUCUCAUUUGGACGGCCUGGACCCUUUGGCUGUCAAACUCGGUGCUUGCAACAAUGUUUACAUCAGGCCUGAUGGAAAGUUGCAGGGCACAAAUACAGAUUGGAGAGGAAUCAAGGGGUGUUUGCUUGCAGCCAGCGACAAGGGUGUGGGUAAGCCAGCUAUGAUUGUCGGAGCUGGAGGUGCAAGUCGCGCUGCUGUGUAUGCAUUGGCUGUUGAGCUUCAAAGCCCAGUCCUCUACGUGGUCAACCGCGAUGUCCAGGAAGUCGAGGACUUGGUCACCGACACUCAAGCCUUGCUCUCAAGUCCUGACUCGGGAGAGCCAGUCUGCAAAAUCAUCCACAUUCAAAGUGUUGAGCAAGCAAAAGAUCUGCCAGCACCACACUACAUCGUGUGUUGUGUUCCUGACAGCGUACCAAACACCCCAUCAGAGAAGAUGGCCAUCAAGAUCUUCGACUACUACCUGGCAAACACAAAGGAACGGGGAGUCUUCCUCGACAUGUGUUUCAAGCCCAGAAUAACCAGGAAAAUCAAGUUGGCCAAAGCACAUGGUUGGCAAAUCGUUGAAGGCACGGAGAUCAUCGGACAUCAGAUUCAGGAGCAGUACAGGGUAUGGAUCAGCCCAGAGUCGGACGCAGAGGUCAUUAGCCCGCAGUUGGCCAGUGAUGCCUGGGUUACCUUGAGAAAGGCCGCAGGAGAGAGCACAGGCAUCAACUUCGAGGUUGACGAGUUGGUAAUCGAGUGA